AUGGACACUUGCCAACAAAUUUCGCAUGUUUUGCAGUGUUACCAGCAGGGCGGUGAAGACGCGGAGUUUGUGCGGAAGGCAAUUGAAAGUCUGGUGAAGAAAUUGAAGGAGAAGCGAGUCGAGCUGGAUGCGUUGAUUACGGCUAUCACAUCAGCUGGAAAGCAACCCACUACUUGCGUGACUAUACAACGUUCUUUGGAUGGUCGUCUGCAAGUAGCCGGACGUAAGGGAGUUCCUCACGUCGUUUAUGCUAGGAUAUGGCGAUGGCCAAAUGUGAACAAAAAUGAACUCGUGAAGCUUUCGAUGUGCACCAUACCAAAUGAACAUCAAGAUUUCAUCUGUAUCAAUCCGUAUCAUUACGAGCGCGUGGUGUCGAAUGGACUAGCUCCGCCUGGUUAG